AUGCUUACAGUAAGUUCUCGACGCUUUCUUCAACUCUCAAGUGUGGCAAUGGCAGCAUCCAAUAUCUAUCAGUUCAAGGUGAAAGACGCUGACGAGAAGGAAGUCUCUUUGGAUAAAUACAAGGGGAAAGUACUCAUCGUUGUGAACGUUGCAUCGCAAUGUGGUCUGACCAAUGCGAAUUAUACUCAAUUCAAAGAACUUCUGGAUAAAUACAAGUCUCAGGGAUUGGAAGUGGCUGCAUUCCCGUGCAAUCAGUUUGGUGGGCAGGAACCCGCUUGCGAACUUGAUAUCAAGAAUUUUGUGGCUAACAAAUUCAAUUUCGAGCCAGAUCUCUAUGCCAAGGUUAAUGUGAAUGGUGAUAAUGCGGAUCCUCUAUUCAAGUUUUUGAAGAAGGAGCAAUAG